ACUCACGUGCAACGCCGCAAACAUGAGGUUUUUUAGGCGCUUCUUUAGCAAAAUUUGCUCGUGUAAUGAAAGUCGUCUGAGGAACAUCUCCGUCGAUGCUGUAAUGCCAAUGUUUAUGGUGCCUAUCCUUCUACUAACCGCCAGCGAGAAUGUUAUAUGCACGGUGUUAGUCUUUUCAACGUCACCGUUUUUCAUCUACUACCUCCACGUCAAGUUUUUACGCUUUUUUACGCGCACCAAGUUCUUUUUCAUGUGGACCAUCUCAAGUGUCCUUGCGCUGAUGCUGGUCUUUGAGUUCAGUGUCGUGCCACUACUAGAAAUUUUGCCAGAGGAGAAUCUGAUCUUCAUUAUUUGUGUUGUGGGUGGACUUAUUUGUGGUCAUGAAACACGAAGAAAGUCUGAUUGCAUGAGCCAAGUAAGCACUUCACAGACCUUAGAACUUGGAGAAAUUAACCAGGAUGUUUGCAGUACAUGUAAGAGGCAUGUAACACCCCAAGCUAUCCACUGUAAAAUAUGCCAGACUUGUGUUUUGGGCAAAAAAUACCACUGCCAUUGGCUGGACAGCUGCAUCGGAUCUAACAAUCUGGUAUGGUAUCUGCUAUGUUUGUUGUUCUCUACUGCGGCUUUUACUUAUGGUUCUAAUUUAACUAUGACCACCGUGUGCCGUCCAUAUAUAUUUAUUGGUUCAAUACUUUUGCCAGAUGACUGUAGCGAUGUUUACGAUCAAUUUGACCUGGCAAUUUGUUUUGUAUCAUCUGUUUACAGUCUUUUAAUUGGACUGAUAUUAUUUUUUUAUUUAAUUUAUCAUAUUUUGUUACUAUGUUUUGGAAAAACCAAAUACAGCUAUGUGCCAAACAGUGACAGGCAGCACAGUAAUGAAAUGGGGAAAAAUGCUUUACAAUUGUUUUGUUGUAAGUCGUGAAAAUCAAUGUCACUACUCGCUCUUGAAGAUGAGUCAAACUUUAGAAUGUACUAUUUUAUUAUUUAUACUGCUCCAUUUACUUAAAACAAAAACUAGAAAGUAAAAUGAGGAUCA